CUCUCUCCCACAAUUCAUCUCUUCCUUUGACAACAAUGGCGGACAAACCAAGCAGAGCACUUGUAUUGUACGGAGACGGCUUGGCUCGAUUCGUUGACCCGUCUAAUACCCACAUCCAUUCUCUCGCUUCCGUCGCUAAUUGUGGCUUCUUGAGCCUUCCUCAUGCGCCUCCAGAAUCUGAGAAAGAAAGGGUAGUUCGAGAAUUCGCCCAUUUGCUCGAUGCAUCAGAAGCUUAUACUAUAGCCACUGGAUUAAAAGCUAAGGAAAGUGAAAAUGAAAUCUCAACUUUGGCUGAAAGGUUUAUGGGACUCAAGGCUGCUUUAGUAACGGACUGUUCUACUCUGAGUUCUUUCGGAAAACUGAUUGGCUUAGAUGUAUUACAGCUUAGUGAAAUAUGCCAUAAGAGUGAUUCCUCUCCUUCUGAUGCCACGGCAUCGAAGUUACUAAGGCUGCUUGGAUUUGAAGGAGGAAAGUGCUUGGAUGUGAGCCUAUACGACUCGGUGUUUGUGCAUAUGGGGGUUGAUGAACAUAAAGACUUGCGUACUGGGAACAACGUGGGAGUUAUCGACUCUUUGAUUGGUAGUAUUAUGAGAAUGGCUCAACCGGGUUCAGAGAUUGUAUCGCGCUUGCAUCUGUCUGUUGUUCUUAGCUACGGUUCUGUCACAGACAAGGAUGUUUCAGUUUUUUCUGUCAAGACUCUACAAGAAGGCGUUAACCCCGCAUUUGCAGGACUUGUCCCGCGUCAGAGCUACACCAUGCGAGGUGAAAAGACACGGGAUGAUGUUCGGGACUACUGUCCUAUGUUGGUAGCUCAGUGGCAGCAUGCUGUGACCCGGAAAGACUUAGUUGAUACGUUAUCAUUUGAAGCUCUCAAAAAGCUCUGUGGAAAUCUUGUUAUACCGGCUGAUCGGUUCAUCCACGAAGUUGCUUUCAAACUUUGGAAGGCCCCAAAAUAUGGAGCUUAAACAAAAAAAAAACGAAAUUUCAGGUAUUUAAUUGUGAUCAUCUCCACUCUAGACGCAAUUGUAUACUCUUUCCUCUGUUGGAUUUGAUUGUGGAUUGAUGUCAAAGUUGCUAACCUUACAUAAAGAGAAGAGAUAAAAGCUUUUUUUGUUUUA